AUGCGCUCGCCCGGAUGGGCCACUCACUUGCUGGCCGCCGCCGCCGCCCUUUCCAGCAUUGCCGCUGCCCAGCGCACCUUUGGGAACUACACCAGCAACGACAUGCUGCAGGACCCCUUCUCCGUCUAUGAAGACCGCCCCGACGGCUGCCCGCCGUGCUUCAACUGCAACCUCGAGCAGUUCCCGUGCCAUCAAUUCGCCGGCUGCAGCAAGGCCAACGGCCGCUGCGUGUGUCCGCCCGGCUUCGGCGGCGACGACUGCUCUGAUCCCGUCUGCGGCUCGCUCGCUGAUGGCAGAGACAGGGCGCCCCGUCAGGGCGCACAGUGCGACUGCAGAGAGGGCUGGGAAGGCAUCAAUUGCAACGUCUGCUCCACCAACCAGGCAUGCAACGCCCUGAUGCCCGAGGGUGUCGAUGGUGUCUGCUACCGCGAGGGUCUUGUCGUCAAGGAGAACUACCAGAUGUGCGACAUCACGAACCGCAAGAUCCUGGACCAGCUCAAGGACCAGAAGCCGCAGGCUACCUUCGCCUGCAACGCAGAGACCGAGGAGUGUAACUUCCAAUUCUGGGUCGACCAGAAGGAGUCCUUCUACUGCUCCCUCGAUACCUGCGGCUUCACCGUCAACCAAGAGUCGAACCGGAACACUACCAAAUACCGCUGUGAGAAUGUCAAGUGCUCGUGCAUUCCGGGGAGGAUGCUCUGCGGAGAGGAAGGCUCUAUCGACAUCGGCGAGUUCUUGGACGAGUCCAUCAAGGGCCCGGCAACCUUCAAGACCGUCUCGACCGAUGGUGGCAGCAGCGAGGAUGGCAGUCUGUUCUCCGAGCCGGCCAUGAACGAUUUGAUCGCGAGCGUCUUCGGCGACGAGAGCAUUACCCUGCGCUGCCACUCCGGCGAGUGCCUGCACGAGACCGAGAUCCCUGGUUAUGAGCGCCCGGUCAAGGCGAUCAACACUCCCUUGAUCGCUGGCGUGAUUGCAGGAUGCGCUCUGUUCCUUGUGGCCGUCAUCCUCCUUGUGUGGAUUCUCUCCAGGAGAAGCGCUGCCCAAGGCUGGGGCCCGAUUCAUCUGACCGACGAUGAAGACGACGAGGCCAUGAAGCUCAUUGCGGACCACAAGCCUGCUGCGCUCCACUUCGAAAACGUGUCGUACCAACUCAAUGGGAAGCAGAUCCUCGCGAACAUCCAGGGUGCCGUCCGUCCCGGAGAACUCAUGGCCAUUAUGGGUGCUUCUGGUGCCGGAAAGACUACUUUCUUGGAUAUUCUGGCCCGGAAGAACAAGCGCGGCACUAUUUACGGCGACAUCUACGUCAAUGGUGAAAAAAUCCCGAACGAUGAUUUCAGGAGCGUCAUUGGAUUCGUUGAUCAGGAGGAUGCUCUCCUGCCCACUCUAACGGUUCAUGAGACGAUUAUGGACUCUGCCCUCCUCCGCCUGCCAAAGGAAAUGAGCCGUGCUGCCAAGGAACAGAGGGUAGAGGAUGUCGAAAGGCAGCUUGGAAUCUACUCGAUCCGCCACCAGAUGAUCGGAUCGGAGGAAGGAAGCGGCCGUGGCAUCUCGGGUGGUGAAAAGCGCCGUGUUGGAAUCGCCUGCGAGCUGGUUACCAGCCCCAGUAUUCUAUUCCUUGAUGAGCCUACCAGCGGCCUGGACGCCUACAAUGCCUUUAACGUGGUCGAAUGCCUGGUCCACCUAGUCAAGACAUACAACAGGACUGUGGUCUUCACAAUCCACCAGCCGAGAUCCAAUAUCGUCGCCCUUUUCGAUCAGCUCAUCUUGCUUGCCAAAGGAAGGACUGUGUAUUCCGGACCUUUCGCGAACUGCCAAGCCUAUUUUGAUAACGUCGGGUAUACCUGUCCCCCUGGCUUCAACAUCGCCGAUUUCCUCGUCGAUCUCACGAUGCAUGCUUCUACACCUCGGGUUCCCAUCGAUGAGAACAGCUCUCUAUUUGCACCCCGCGAUGAUUUCCCGACUAGGGCUAGCAGCGCAAUUGGCGUGAAAUCAAUCCCGAGCGUUUCCAACAUGAGCAUCGAUCAAGAGCAAGGUAGCGAGUCAACGAGCACCCGGCCCAAGAACAAGAGGAGGGCUUCGAUCAGACAGCAGCAAGAACGCCAGCUCUUCACCCGCAAGAAGAGCGGCUAUGAGCAGCCUCCGACGCCCAAGACCGACGACGAGUCGAUUGCUGAGACCGAGAGAGACAAUAUUCGGCUGCACCGACAGCAGGGGGCUCCCCCGCCGCAGAUCUUGGAAGACCCUGACCAAAUUCCCCCGGCUGCUGAGGGAAGCACAGGCACCGAUCUCGACACCCUUGUUUCCACCUACACGCGCUCGGACGUUGCCGAAGCCCUUCACGAGGACAUCUACACGGUCAUCAUGGGAUCCCACAGUGCGAAUGGACACAAUGACUCCAGCUCCUCCAAUGGCAGUUACAAGGUCAAGGGCUACCGCAAGGUUGGCGUGUUUAGCCAGUUCGUGAUCUUGUCCAAGCGAACCUGGCGUAAUCUUUACCGCAACCCGUUGCUCAUGUUGACCCACUACGCCAUCGCGAUCGUUCUUGCUGUCCUGAUCGGCUACCUCUUCUACGGUCUGACGGACGACAUCAAGGGUUUCCAGAACCGUUUGGGUCUGUUCUUUUUCUUGCUCGCCCUCUUCGGCUUCAGCACGCUUACGUCGCUUACCGUCUUCGCUCCCGAACGCCUGAUCUUCAUGCGCGAACGAGCCAAAGGUUACUAUAAGCCUAUUGCUUAUUUCGCUGCCAAGGUGCUGUUCGACAUCAUCCCACUGCGUUUGUUGCCGCCAAUCAUCAUGGGCGCAAUCGUGUACCCCAUGACUGGACUCAUUCCAGCCGCAGCCGAGUUCUGGAAGUUCAUGCUGUUCUUGACCUUGUUCAAUCUGGCUGCGGCGAACAUCUGCCUCUUCAUCGGUGUCAUCGUAAGGAACCAGGGUGUGGCGAAUCUCGUUGCUACGCUGGUAAUGCUCUUCUCGCUGCUGUUUGGAGGGUUCCUUCUCAACCACGAGACCAUUCCCAAGUCUGCUUUGUGGCUGCAGUCCUUGUCUAUCUUCCACUAUGGCUUCGAGGGUCUGAUUGUCAACGAGGUCAAGUACCUCUCCCUUGUGGACCACAAGUACGGCCUCGACAUCGAAGUGCCGGGCUCUGCUAUCCUCAGCAGCUUCGGUUUCAACGUGCUCGCGCUGUGGCAGGAUGCCGUCGGACUCGCUGUUUUCUGCGGCGUCUUCAUUGUUCUCGCGUACGCUAGCAUGCACUUGCUGCUUGUGGAGACUAGAUGA